CAGGGGUCGCAGGCUGCGAGAGCAGGUUCCUGGUUUGGCAAACACUCUCCCUCUCAGGCCUGUUCAUUCUCGCGAGAGAAAGCGCGAGGCCUGCCGGGAGGGAGCGCGGCCGUACUUAGGUUUGCUCAAAAUGGCAGCGCUGGAGGAAGAAUUCACGUUGUCUUCGGUAGUCCUGAGCGCCGGGCCUGAAGGACUCCUAGGCGUGGAGCAGAGCGACAAAACGGACCAGUUUCUAGUGACAGACAGCGGCAGGACAGUCAUCCUCUAUAAGGUUUCUGAUCAGAAACCCUUGGGGAGCUGGUCAGUGAAACAAGGUCAAGUUAUAACAUGUCCAGCUGUGUGCAACUUUCAAACUAGAGAGUAUAUUGUUGUACACGAUAAUAAGGUUUUAAGAAUAUGGAAUAAUGAAGAUGUAAACCUGGAUAAAGUAUUUAAAGCUACAUUGUCAGCUGAAGUAUAUAGGAUACUUUCAGUGCAAGGGACAGAACCCUUGGUGCUCUUCAAGGAAGGUGCUGUUCGUGGUUUAGAGGCCUUGCUUGCAGACCCCCAGCAGAAAAUUGAAACUGUUAUCUCUGAUGAAGAAGUGAUCAAAUGGACAAAAUUUUUCAUAGUAUUCAGGCAUCCUGUUUUAAUUUUUAUUACUGAAAAACAUGGAAAUUACUUUGCUUACGUGCAAAUGUUUAACUCACGUAUCUUAACCAAAUAUACACUCUUACUUGGACAAGAUGAAAACUCUGUUAUAGAGAGUUUUACUGCAUCUGUAGAUCGGAAAUUCAUCUCUUUGAUGUCAUUAAGCUCUGAUGGUUGUAUAUAUGAAACCUUGAUACCAAUACGUCCAACUGACCCAGAAAAAAAUCAGACCUUAGUUAGAUCACUGCUGCUCAAGGCUGUUGUAUCUGGUAACACUCGAAACGGAGUUGCACUCACUGCCCUGGAUCAGGAUCACGUUGCAGUCCUAGGAAGUCCACAAGCAGCUUCUAAGGUUGCUUACUUUGCCUUGUUUUUAAUACUGAGAGCUUAUACACUCUGGUAUUAUGGAGAAAAUUUGUUUAUGCUACAUGGAAAAUCUCUGACUGUGAUUCCAUACAAGUGUGAAGUGUCAUCAUUAGCAAGUGCUCUUGGAAAACUCAAACAUGGUCAAGAUCCAGGAACUCAUGUCAUGCCCCGUUUUGUAAACUGGGAAACACCUCAAGGAUGUGGACUUGGAUUCCAAAACUCAGAGCAGUCAAGAAGAAUUUUAAGGAGACGAAAAAUUGAAGUGAGUUUACAGCCAGAGGUUCCACCAUCCAAACAACUUUUGUCAACCAUAAUGGAAGAUUCAGAAAAACACAUUGAAGUAGAAGUACGGAAAUUUUUGGCUCUGAAGCAGACACCUGACUUUCAUACUGUCAUUGGGGACACAGUAACAGGACUUCUGGAAAGGUGUAAAGCAGAACCGUCAUUUUAUCCCCGGAACUGUCUGAUGCAGCUUAUCCAAACGCAUGUGCUUUCUUACAGUUUGUGCCCCGACUUAAUGGAGAUUGCCUUAAUAAAGAAAGAUGUACAGUUGUUACAACUCUGUCUACAACAGUUCCCUGACAUUCCUGAAUCAGUCACCUGUGCUUGCUUAAAAAUUUUCUUGAGCAUUGGUGAUGACAGUCUUCAAGAAACAGAUGUCAGUAUGGAGUCAGUUUUUGACUAUAGUAAUUCUGUGCAUGAUGAGAAAAUGGAAGAGCAAACUGAAAUUCUCCAAAAUGGCUUCAAUCCUGAAGAAGAUAAAUGCAGUAACUGUGAUCAAGAGUUAAAUAAAAAGCCUCAGGACGAAACAAAGGAGAGCACUUCAUGCCCUGUAGUACCAAAAAGAGCAGCUCUACUUAAUGCAAUUCUUCAUUCAGCAUAUAGCGAAACAUUUCUUCUGCCUCAUUUGAAAGACAUCCCAGCACAGCAUAUCACACUGUUUCUCAAGUAUUUGUAUUUCCUGUAUCUGAAGUGUAGCGAAAAUGCUACUAUGACUCUUCCUGGAAUACACCCACCUACCUUGAACCAGAUUAUGGAUUGGAUAUGUCUACUUCUGGAUGCAAAUUUUACUGUUGUUGUAAUGAUGCCAGAAGCAAAGAGGCUACUGAUAAAUCUUUACAAGCUUGUAAAAUCUCAGAUAUCUGUUUAUUCCGAGCUCAACAAGAUUGAAGUAAGUUUUCGGGAGCUACAGAAAUUAAAUCAAGAAAAGAAUAAUAGAGGAUUAUAUUCAAUUGAAGUGCUGGAGCUCUUCUGAUAUUACCAACUCUCCUUCAUAGACAUUUUAUAAAGCUCUUUUAUGUGAACUCUUGCUUCAUCCAGGCAAGAACGGUGUUUUGUUUGCGACUAUCUCGGUGUCAGGAGAAACGUGUCAGUGAGUACCUGGACCAUCACUUACUGAUGCUCCGGGGUAGGACUACAGGUUUCACACGAACCUAUUCUAGGUUGUGGACAUUGGUGCGGAGAGGUUCUGCAAUUUUUUAAAAAUAUGUAACUGGGUUGAUUUUAAGUAAAAUUAUUUGUGUAUUGAUAAAAGUCUAAUUUCUUAUGUGUUUUGAAUUGUUUUUCUUUUAAUAAAAAACAACCAUUGAAGCAGUGA